CUCCCCUUCUCACUGGCCAGCAUGCAAACGUGAUGGCAGGAGCUGGAGCAGCCACCUUAAAACCCAGAGACAAAUAGUGACAUAUUGACAAUGGCAGAGAUACUCCACCAGCCCAGGACUGCCCGUCUUUGGACUACUGUCAGAACUGGCCCAAGGCGGUUCCCCCUUCUCCGCUGGGCACCCUCACAGAGCCAGCCUCUGGGGAAGAAACUAAUUGCGUGGACUCCUCCUUCAGUGUGACCUCCUGAGGGAAACAGACCUGCAGAAGUAACUACCCAGGCAGAGCCCUGCGAUUCCUUCCAAGACAGGCCUGCCCUGGUUUUUUCAUGAUGUCAUCCAUUCAUCAUUGUGAGCUGAUUGGCGGUCCCAGGCCUUGGCCAGCUGCCCGGGGCCAGGAGGGAAGAGAGAGAUACCAGGCCAAACUUGCAGCAGGCCCCUGAGCAUGUGCGGAAAUGUUGUCAUCAGUUCCACAGAGAAAGACUCGGUGGAAAUCAAAGAAGACAGUAAAAGUCACAAGAUCUUUUCCAACAUUCCCUUCCCUGAAUGCCUGGGAAGAAGUCAGGGGCCUCUUAUCUGUGGAUGGGGAGCCGAACCCUGGAGUGGGCUUGGGUGUGGAGGAGGGACUUCUCUGCCAGAUGCUUCGUUCUCCAGAAUUCAACCUGUUUCCUGACUCAGUGGUGUUUGAAAGCAACUUUGUCCAGGUCAGAAAGGGCAGGAACUGGAUAGACAUCUACAAACCCUCCAACACCAUGGCCCUUGGGGUAACCUCCUCCGUGCCCUGCCUGCCCCUUCCCAAUAUCCUCCUCAUGGCUAGUGUCAAAUGGCACCAGGGACAGAGCCAGACAUGGAACAGACCAUCUACGGCUCCAAACAUCAAGCUGAAGAGGAUCCUCCCACUGAAGUUCGUGGAGUUCCAGGUCUGUGACCGGCUUCAACGCAUCUUGCGAUUGAGGACAGUCACUGAGAAGAUCUACUACCUGAGGCUCCACCAGGACCAUCCUGAGACUGUCUUCCACUUCUGGAUCCGGCUGGUGCAAAUUCUGCAUACGGGGCUGUCCAUUACCACCAAGGACCCAAGGAUCCUUUUCACUCACUGUCUGGUACCCAGGAUCAGCUGCAGCCCCUCGGGAGACACUCACUCAGUACAGAAGAAACCCCAAGUCUCUCAGCCCAGCGAGAGCCUCAUGCAGCUGAUGGCCAAGGGGGAGAGUGAGGCGCUCUCUCAGAUUUUUGCUGACUUGCACCAGCACAAUGAGUUCAGAAAUGGCUGGAGUUCCAGGAGCAGCAAAAAGACACAGACCAAAAGGGACAGCUCAGGCUUAAGUCUCAUUUCUUCAACCAAUAUUCAUUCUUCUCAUGCCUCUGAGUUAUCUGCAGUGGCAAGCCCAGGAUUAGGAACGCAAAGGGAGCUCGAGAAAUAUCCACGCACCACACCACUAAUAAAUUAUUCCUCCAAACUGGUUCAGGAGGCAGCCAGAAUAUCGUAUUAUAUUUAGGAAUUUAGAGGAAUGCGUAGAUCUCAAAGAAGCUCUGCCGACUUUCAUCCAGUCCAGGGAUUGCAACUCAAAUGUCUGCAGGUGCUAUGAAUGGGUAGGGAGUCUAGGUGUCCUGUAAGAAAUGGCUGACUUUUCUCUCCACUCCAUUGUGAGUUACACCCCAGCUGGACUGACCCUUGGUUUCAGCACUGAGGAGGGAGUAGGAGGUGAUGGGGAGGGUAGCAUCAAGAAAGUGAAGGUUUCCAUGAAGCCUUCAGUAUUCACCAUGGUGGAACACAAGCCUGGUAUUGCCAGAUACUCUGAUUUCUCCACAAAAGCCAAAAAUCUGGAUUCUUACGUAACACAGCCCCUCCCCCAUAAAAACUAAAACACAGUCCAGGCUGAUACUUAGUGGGCAAACACAACAUAUCUGGAGAGCGAAUUCAGCCUGGAGGCUGCCGGGUCAUCCAGUCCCUGCUCUAAAUGGUGGGUAGAGUUGACCCGGGUCCAUAUUCCCCCAAGCCUGAGAAUGCAUUCUCAUGUCAUGUGAGCGAUGAUACAAUGAUGAUGCAUUAGUGUUUUCACACAAACAUUCCAUCACACACACACACUCAAAACAUACUCCAUGAGAUUAUGGUUGAAGAAGACAGAAUAAGUCACACUUAUUUCUAGGACUUGAGAGAACAGCUGGAAUUUCAGAAUCAUGAGGUAUGUGUUGUCACGGGAACUACGACGCCCAUGCUGUCCUAAGGCUGAUUUCAAUGAAUCAUCCUAGGAUGUCCCCAGGACCCUUUACUUUCCUUGGAACUGAAGGAACCCUUUUUCAACUCUUUGGUCCAUAUAGUAUACCCUUUGAGUUUGGAAGGACAAUUAUACCCCAGCCUCUGGGAACUUCUGGAUGAAAAGAAAGAGAGAGCUACCUUUGGAAAAACCAGUGUCCCAAGGCUUACCUGUGUGGCUGAACCUUUCAACUCCCCCAUCAGUGGGUAGUGCGGCCCCACUGCAGUGCUUCCUAAACUAUAGUGUGCAAGCAGCCCCCAGGAGAUCUCGUUAAAAUGCAGAUUUUAAGACAGUAUUGUGCGUUUCUAACAUGAUUCCAGGUUAUGCCAAAGCUGUUGGGCGGCAAGCCACCUUUAUGGUAGCUGAAGCCAAGUGGACUGAGAACAGGCUCAGGCUGAAGGGCAUCUGGGUUCAAGGCCAUUGCCAGUUCAGCUAGCUGAAUCUCCUUGGGAAGUUCACUC